GGGGGUGACUCAGCCUCGGCAGCCGCGGCCUCCGCUGCUGCUGCUCCCGCCGCCGGCGCCUCCGCUGUCUCCGGCUUUCUGGGUGCUCGCCUCCGCUAGCUCCGCUGGUCGGGCCAGGGGAGAAAAUGGCGCUUCCCCCGGCCGCCGAGGCGGCGGCGCUGAGCCCCCCGGAGCCCCCUGCCGCGGGCGCCCGCGAGCAGCCCGGGCCGCCGGACUCCGAGGAGCCGCUGGCCAUGCAGCGCCUGGCGGAGCUGAGGCCGGAGCCCGGCGGGGUCCCCCUGCACUCCCCCUGGACCUUCUGGCUCGACAGGUCCCUGCCUGGUACCACAGCAGCUGAAUGUGCAUCAAACUUGAAGAAAAUCUACACAGUGCAAACAGUGCAGAUAUUCUGGAGUGUGUACAAUAAUAUUCCUCCCGUGACUAACCUGCCUCUAAGAUGUAGUUAUCAUUUAAUGAGGGGAGAGAGACGACCACUCUGGGAAGAAGAAAGCAACGCAAAGGGUGGUGUGUGGAAAAUGAAAGUCCCCAAGGAAAGCACGCCCAUGAAGAGCAUCAUGCUUUUGAAGGUGGACGUGGAAAACAUUAAUUGCACUCUGUACAGAAUUCUUUGUCCUUUGCUGAUUGGUUUUGGACACGAUCUAAGCAGGACGAAAAGUGGAGAGGAAGACUUGCUGAAGCAAGAUGCUGGCCAUUUUCAAUGUGUUUAUAAUCCUCUCAGAUUGGGCAAUUAGUACUCCAACUUGCAGGUGGCAGAGGACUUGUGAUGACUUCCAACAUGAUAUUACUUGCUUUGGGCUUUUUCAAUUCUUUUUUCUGUUCUUUUCACUCUUGUUGGCUUUCUUCCCCCUCCUCCUCAUCUUCUUAUUUUCUUUUCAGUCUAAUUAUUGUUUUAUACAGACCUGUCUCCUUGAGGGACAAGGUUCUGGUUUCUCUUGAAAGGGCAAAUAGGCACAGCCCUUACAAUGCUGCUCUUCCUGAUCAUGUUGUCCAUAGAGGAGACUGGCUUGGGGAACCAGGCAUUUUAAUUAUUUGUCAUGAAACAUUCCUAUCAAUAAAGCUUUUACUCAUUGUCCUUGUUUCAGGAGAAAGGGAAACUGUACUGCAUGUUCUAAUGUACAAAGUGAUCUGAUUUUUGCACUGACAAGAGCACAUGCAUAGGUUGGGUUGAGGUUUGGGAGUUCGGUUUUGUUUGUUUGUUUUUACACAAAAGGCAAGAUAGAGAAAUGAUUUUUGGCAAAUACUAUGAGCAUGUUUUCAUAUUGAUCCACUCUGGAAAUAUUUUUAACCAGGACUUCACUUUGGUUUUUUGAAAGCAUUACUUAACAGUGGAAGAGAAGGCUUUCACUUCAUAGGAAACCUAAUGCUUUUUAUUUAAAAGGGAGGUGAUAAUGUAAUUGUUGAGAAUUAAGUUUGCUGCCUUCUGAAUUUGGGGUGUAUGUACCUACUUAAGGUUUUCCAAAUCAAUCCUAACGCAUUUUGCUAAAUGGAUUCUCAUUUCCAGCUUGUGUUCUGUGUAGUUUCCCAUUAUUGACAGUGCUCUAAGGGAGGCAGUUUUUUUCCUCCCUUUUUCAUUUAGGAGCAGGAAGUUAAUUUUCAUUGAAUGUGAAUAUUUACGAAGUUGAACUCUGAGUACAUUUCAUCCGUAUUAAUUAUUGGAAUUGUUGAUAUCUUUUAUUAUACUACCAAAGAACUAUUGAUUUUAGCUGUUUUGUGUUUUUUGUUUGUUU